AUGUCACGCUCACGGGGCCUUGCCAUUCUCCAGAAGACCUACGACGACAGCUACUUGAAAUGUUCUACUGCCGUAUACUAUGAAAGCCAGGGCGACGAAAACGAGGCGAUGCGGUGCUGGAAGAACGCCCUCGACCAACUCAACGACCAGCGCAUCACCAAAGUCUUGCCUAAUUACGUAGCCGGUACCGAGACCGAGGAAGCUCUGAUAGAUUCCCUGCGCAAACUGGAACUGCAGUGCAAGGAACGCAUUGACCUGCUCGAAGCGUUACGGAUAUCCCGCCAAGACGUUUUGACUUCUAGUUCCCAAACCUCGAACUCGACAGCACCAAACCCCUCAGCCGACCCUGACCUUUCGAACAUAACCACCUCAGAGCGAGGCUGGAUUGGCCAAGGGACGAUCCCAGCCAUACGUUAUCCCGACCUAUCGCGACCUGCUUUAUCCAAACGCCCAUCCCUGCCCUACAGAACAUCAUCCGAGCAAGCAGUUGUUGGCCGCGAUCAGAGCCCGGUGGGUAUCUCUCCCUUUGCUGGCUCCUCCAGCUCCCUCCGUACGGCCACCAAGAAAGAGCCAACCAUGAGGUCUCCCAGUCCGGAAAAGUACACCAUGCGGACAACGUUGCGGAGUGGCAAGCCUGGGGACAAGCCAGCAAAAACAGCACGUAAGCUGUCAAAGACCGAAGGGCCUGGAGCCAGCAAGGCCGCAACGCUGGCUUGGAGUGCUCUCGGCUCUAGAGAGCGACUGGCUCGGGCAUCUCCUAUGCUACCGGAACCUUCAUCGUCUGCUCCUACUACACCCAAUGAGUCGUCACGAAAACUAGGGUCUUCAUCUGGCGCACAAUGGGACGUUCACACUAGAAGACUUGUUCCACCUCGAGACGCUGCCUCGUCGUUUUCUGACGCCGUAGGUAGCGCAAGAAUAUCUGAUGAGUUAGCACACAGUCGAGCCUCGUCAUUGUCCCUGAGCGCAGCAUCGAGCGCCUUGAACGCUGUGCCCUACCCAGACAUAUCUCCUGUCGAGUACAGCACGCCGAAGCAGGAGCGGACAUGGCGCUCACGAGACCACCCGUCGUCAUUUCCGCGAUCCAGAAUAUCUCCGCAUGAGCGAACUCCCUCCUCCGAUGCUGACGACUUUGAGUUACGACGCAAGAGCACACCAGAUGGAACCAAAUUCCGGAAGAAGCCUGUCUCAGAUACCCCUAUUCGGCUCAACGGCAACUUGACGAGCGGAUCGGAGCCGGACAAAGCUACGCGAUCACGACGUGGUGCCCACCGACCUAGGAGGCCUUCGUCUUCAAGUUGCUCGGAUAAUUUAAGGGCGACUCCAAAGGCAUCGGACAAGAAGUGGAAGGGGAAGCGCAAAGAAGACGCUGUGGUGGCUGAUGCUGAAGCAGCCUCGUCCGAAGAAUCUGCGGAGGGCGACAAAGAAGAGUCUUUGACCAAGGUGGCCUGGAAAUCUAAAAAGAAGAAGAUCAUGAAAAACUUGCCGUCGAGUGUGGACGAGACAGCCGCAAAGCAAAUCCUCAACGAGAUCGUAGUGCAGGGAGACGAGGUCCGCUGGAGUGAUGUUGCUGGUCUGGAAGUCGCCAAAAAUGCGUUGCGAGAAAAUGUUGUCUACCCAUUUCUGCGUCCCGACCUGUUUAUGGGGCUUCGUGAGCCUGCGCGGGGUAUGCUACUCUUCGGUCCACCAGGUACUGGUAAGACUAUGCUGGCUCGUGCCGUAGCCACAGAGUCUCGGUCGACCUUUUUCUCGAUAUCGGCAAGCAGCUUGACGAGCAAGUACCUCGGCGAAUCAGAGAAGCUUGUGCGAGCGCUGUUUGCACUAGCAAAGACACUUGCUCCAAGCAUCAUCUUUGUCGACGAAAUCGAUUCGCUGCUUUCUCAAAGAUCUGGAUCUGGGGAGCACGAAGCGACAAGAAGAAUCAAGACUGAGUUCCUUAUUCAAUGGAGUGAUCUACAGCGAGCUGCAGCAGGUAGAGCAGUUGACGAAAAGGACAGAAACCGAGGAGAUCCUAAUCGAGUUCUUGUUUUGGCGGCAACCAAUCUUCCAUGGGCCAUUGAUGAAGCUGCCCGCCGCAGAUUCGUGAGGCGUCAAUACAUACCACUCCCCGAGCCGGAGACGCGCUCGACACAGCUUCGCACACUCCUGGGUCAACAAAAGCACAACUUGUCUGAUCCAGAUAUUGAGAAACUUGUUUUACUUACUGAUGGAUUUUCCGGUUCAGACAUUACGGCGCUAGCCAAAGAUGCAGCCAUGGGUCCUCUUCGUUCUCUGGGUGAAGCUCUCUUGCGCAUGACAAUGGACGAAAUUCGGCCGAUCUCACUGGCGGACUUCGAAGCAAGUCUAGGCACCAUUCGACCCAGCGUCAGUAAAGCAGGGCUCAAGGAGUACGAAGAUUGGGCAAGAGAUUUUGGUGAGCGAGGAGGGUGA